UUAAAACAACAAACAAAAAACAAGAAAAACAUUUUAAUUAAUCCCUCUAAUUGUGAUAUAAUUUAAGUAGAUUUUAUUCUGAUGUGGCUCUAAUAUACAUAUACAUAUAUAACCGCGAAGUCUCAUCACACACACCCACACCCACACACGCACACAGACAUGGCUUACUCCACCAACAUAUUGCUGGGUAUUGUCACCAUAUUGACGGCUGUGUUCAUUUGGUCGCGUCGCACCUACGUUUAUUGGCAACGUCGCCGGGUGAAAUUCGUUCAGCCCAUUCCGUUGCUGGGUAAUCUGAAGAAGGUACUCAAGUUGGAGGAGUCGUUUGCCCUGCAGCUUCGUCGCUUCUAUUUCGAUCGGCGAUUUCAGAGAGAGCCAGUUAUUGGUAUAUAUUUGUUUCAUCAGCCGGCACUAUUAAUACGCGAUUUGGAAUUGGUGCGAACCGUCUUAAUUGAGGAUUUUGUCAGCUUCUCGAAUCGAUUUGCCAAAUGCGAUUUGCGGCACGAUAAAAUGGGUGCAUUGAAUUUAUUUUUUGCCAAACAGGCGGAAUGGCGUGAGAUACGCACCAGACUCUCGCCCGCAUUCACGGAGGCCAAGAUCAAGCAAAUGUUUUCGCUAAUGGAGGAGAUUGGCUGCGAUCUGGAAUGGUACUUAAAACGUUUAAUGCGCAGCUUACGUCGUGACGACUCAACCUCUGAUCGUAGUGGAGCCAUUGUUAGCAUCAAGGAUAUCUGUGAUCUUUACAACACUGACAUGAUAGCCAGCAUUGCCUUCGGCUUGAGAUCGUACAGUCUGCGGAACACACAAUCGGAAAUCGGUUCACAUUGCCAGGAUAUCUUUCGUCCCAACAUGCGACGAAUUAUUGACUUUUUUGUGAUAUUCUAUUUGCCCAAAUUGGUGCCGCUGCUGCGCUCGAAACUCUUCACCGAAUCCCAUUCGGAGUUCCUGCGCCGUGUGAUCCAAUUGGUCAUCGAGGAGCGUGAACGUGGCGGCAUUUUACGCAAUGAUCUCAUCGAAAUGCUUUUAACAUUGAAAAAGGAGGCUGAUCUGCAGCAGGAUAAAUCGCAUUUCACCCAUCAUCAGGAUUUUCUAGCCGCCCAAGCGGCCAGCUUCGAGGUGGCUGGCAUUGAGACAUGCUCAUCCAGUAUGUCCUUUGCCCUAUUCGAGUUGGCCAAACAACCCUUGAUGCAGGCACGCCUGCGCCGCGAGAUACGCGAAGCGUUUCGCCUCCAAAGCGACGAUGGCAGCGAAUCCCUAAGCUACGAGCGCAUUGCCAGCAUGGAGUAUCUGCGCAUGGUUGUCGAGGAGACACUGAGAAAGUAUCCCAUUGUCCCGUUGCUAGAGCGGGAAUGUACACCGACAAGUAAGAAACGAUUUUACUCUCUGCGUCCGCAUGCCGAGUGCUAUGCCAGGCGGGGUAUGCCCAUAUACAUAUCCAAUUUGGCCAUACAUCACGAUCCUAAGUAUUGGCCCGAUCCGGAGCGUUUUGAUCCAGAACGUUUCACUGCAUUGAAUAAGUCUCAUCAAGUGCCAAUGUCAUAUCUGCCAUAUGGUGCGGGACCGCAUAAUUGUAUUGGAAUGCAGAUCGGACAAUUGCAGAUCAAAUUGGGACUUAUAUACUUUCUACGACAGCAUCAAGUCGAAUUGUGCGAUCAGACAGUGGAGCAAAUUAGCUUCGAUCCAAAGUUCGCUUUACUUGCCAGCGAGCAUAGCAUUUACCUCAAAAUUGUUGACUGUUACGAUCUAUAGCAUAUACACACACACACACACACAUACAUACAUAGCUUAUCCAAAUCAAAUCAUCUUUGUUAUAUACAUCAUCUGGAUUCAGCAUAUACAUAUUAAUUGUAAAUACUUUUGGCACGCUAUCAACACACACACACACACACACACAUAAUGAAAAGAGAAAACACAAGAAAAAAAAAAUAAAUUUUGCUAUGUUCUUUUUAAACAUAUGAAAUGCAGUCGAUAUAAA